CCUCACACGAGCUUGGGAAGCCGCAAUGGCAGCAGAAAAGGCUGAAGCCUUGGCGAUUCCGGCCACCGCUCCCUGCGGCCGGUACAUUAACAAGAGGGCUUUGAAAAACAAGGCCAUCGCCUUCACUUUCAACGAGAAAGAUCUCUGCGACUUUGUGUCUGGGUUUCACAAGAGGAAGAAGAAGAGAAGAAAGGAAGCUGAGAAGCAGCAAGGGGAGGCUUUAAGGCGUAAGCUUCUUGAGCUCCGGAAAAAGAGGAAACUAGAAAAGGAAUUGGCUCUCUUUGGUGGAGCUCCACCAGCUGCUGCCGAGGGAGAAGAGGAUGAGAAUGUUGAGGGAGAUGCGAGCCAGGAGGAAGAUGAAGACAGUGAGCCAGAUGCACCAAUUUCUGGUACAACAACUUAUGACAAUGAUGAAAUAAAAGUCACAGUGACAACAAGCGAGAUCUCUCAGGAAGAGGAAGUCCAUCCAGUUAAGAAGCCAGAGGCUGUAGUGCCCGAAACAGUUGGAGCUUAUAAAAAGCACAAUGUUCCAGUGAGCAAAAAGAAGCCUUUGAAGAAAGUUGGAAAACGCAAAUCAGGGCCAAAGAUGCAAAAGAAAAGAGAUAAAAGGAAGGGAAAGGAAAAGGGCUCAAAGAGGCGCUAGCUACUCUACUACCCUUAUCCAGCUCUUUGAAGUUUUAACAUAUGCCAAGCGUCCUAGCUUGCGUUGGAGAUAUAUGUAGUACAUGAUUUCAGCUGACCAGGGUUUUCAAUUGGAUUUCAUUUUGGGUUUCACUUUGAACUAUUUGUGAGCAUAUGAAGCUGGUGUUUGUAUACCAUAAUUUUCUGUGUUGAAUGAAAUCAAAUAUUUUUUUUCUAUCUGA